CCCCCACAAAGCCUCAAGCCCUUACCACAGGAACUGCUCCAGAAGAAUGUCCGAGAGACUGCGGCGGUGCCAGUGAGCCAGGCUCCUUCGCUGCGCCGCGCAGCCACCGGCCAUUGAGAUGGAUGCGGCGACUCCUCUUCCCAAGAAGAGGAGGUCGGACGUGCCCGGAAGCAACCAACCGGAGGAAAUCUCGAGCCAUGAGCCGACGGCGGCGGCCGUGGAGGCGCCCGAAUCCGAGAUCCUCGGCGUCUCCAGAACCACCGCCUGGAGCUGGAGGAGCAGAUGACGGCGUCGACCACAUCAGCGGAAUGCCCGACGCCGUCCUCGGCGACAUCAUCUCCCUCCUCCCCAUCAGGGAGGGCGCCCGCACCCAAACCCUUGCCUCCCGGUGGCGCCACCUCUGGCGCUCCGCUCCUCUCAAUCUCGACUACUACGACCUCCCCGCCGAAGGUGACCUUCUGAUACGCCUCAUUUCCCAGAUCCUCUCCGCCCAUGCUGGCUCCGGCCGCCGCUUGUGCAUCCCCGCGCACCACCUCUACCACCACCCUGACACAGUGUAUGCCUGGUUCCGGUCUGCUGGCCUCAGCAACCUCCAGGAGCUCGAGUUCUGCUGCGCCAGUUAUCCACCGGCACUGCCGGCGGCGACAGCGUCCACCUUCAAUCUCUCGUCCAGCCUCCGCCUGGCCACAUUCAGCCAAUGCUGCUUUCCCGACGGUAUAUCAGAGACGCUUCACUUCCCCCAGCUCAAGCAGCUCACGCUUGAAUGUGUCAGCAUCUCGGAAGGCUCACUGUACAGCUUCGUGUCUGCCUGCCCCGUCCUGGAAUCCAUGCUUAUUAGCAGUUGCAUUGGCUUCAGCUGCAUUCGGAUCUGCUCCCCAAACCUUAGAACCAUUGGCGUACGUGCUGGAUACCAAGACAAGGUGAAAAUCUCUAUUGAGGAUGCCCCUUCUCUUGAAAGGUUGCUCCAACUCAACCUAAUUGUGGGCUUGGACAUAUCGAUAAUAUCAGCGCCCAACCUGGAGACCAUGGGCUGCCAUUGUUACGAUGACAAUUCCGGCUUCAGCUUUAAGGGAUUUCCUACUCUGUUCCCAAUGGUGGUACACACUGUCAAGACUUUAUCUAUCUCUGUUCGUCCUCUGUCUGUGGAUAUGGUUAUUGAUCUCAUGAGUUGCUUUCCCUGCUUGGAGAAGUUGUAUAUCCAGAUACGUUCGUUGCAGGGAAAGAAUUUGUGGCGUCGUAAACACCAGAGUCACAUCAGAUGCCUUGACAUCCGUCUCAAGAAAGUAGUGUUGGCAAGUUAUGGAGGCACCAAGUCACAAAUUAAUUUUGCCAUGCUCUUUGUGUUGAAUGCUAAAAUGCUAGAGCUAUUAAGAUUUGAGGGUCCAUGCUGCUGGGGUAAAGAGUUCAUUGAAAGGCAGCGCAGGUUGCUUCAGCUUGGGAAGAGAGCUUCAAGAGGUGCUCGGUUUGUUUUCUCACAGAAUACAUGCCUCCGCAAACUUCAGGACAUCAAGCAUGUGCGGGAUUUGUCUGUAGCUGAUCCCUUUGAAUGCUGAUGUUGAUAUUGAGUUUCCUGUGUACUUGGAGGGGUUAUCCUUGCUCGUCACAUUUUUCCGAUCCAAUUUGAUUGGUUCUCUUGUUUCUGAUGUUUUGAAGUUCCUGGUGUGCUCGAACCUUGUGGUAUUUGAACCAAUUAUGUAGAAGCUGUAGAGAAUGGGGACGAAUUUUCGGCUCAUUGUGCCUAGGCAAGGUCUGGGAGUGCAAA